AUGUUUCGAAAAUUUACGGUCUGGACGGCUGUGAUUGUAGCCGUACACUCCAACAAUGUGUUGGCUUUGCAGCAAAGUAAUUCAAUCACACAGAAUGAUGCGUACACUACGAUGUCUGAUCUCAAUUCAUCAUCAUCGACUGACAAUUCAAUUCCAAGUGCUAAUGAACCGACAAGUUUGACGUCCGGAUUACAUGCGAAGGAUUGCAAUCCUAACUUUCCUACGGAAUCGAUUGAAAGCACUAUCACUCCAUCUCCCGUUCCAACGUCGACUCCUGAAGCAAGUCCUGCUACAAACCCGACACCACUGAAUGCUGUAACACCUACGUUACCUCCCGAGAAGACGUCAACUUCUACUCCUUCUGAAAACACUUCUCUUAGUGCCAAUCCCAUCUCAACUACUGAUGAUUUAGGUGAAAAUGGUUCAGAUCAAACCGCUCAACAGGCUAAUACGCAAUCGAGUGAAACGAAUAACGUUGGUAGCACGAGUACAGUUGGUUUGGGACUUCUCGCGACUGUAGCUGCUGUGGCAGCAGUUGGUACUGCGGCAUCGCGUAUGAAGAAAGCACGUGAGGAUGAUGCUGAUGCUGCUUUGGCGACUCCAGGUGACAGUCACAUUCAUAUUGAGAUUAAACACACACCUACAGGUGGUAGCACGAUUCUGUGA